AAGAAUCUGUGUCUUUGCUUUGAAAUGCUAUAUGUAUGUUCUAAACUUUUUUUAAUCUCUCCCUCUCGUUUUUCCUUUGUUGUUAAUGCUAAUAAACCAAAACAAUCCAUAAAUUCAAAUCCGUGAUGUCUCAUCAUGCGUUUCUCGCCUCUGCUUUUUCUUCACUUUUUCUCGACAUGAGUUUAUCAGAUUGUUGUUAAGAGUUUGAAAUCACAAAUCGGAAGUAGCAUAAAACUCAGAAAUUCAGAAAAUUUACAGAGAGUUUUUUUUUGAAAACGAUGAUGAUGAUGAUGAAGAAUGUGUUUAGCAGAAUUGAUCUCUCGAGUUUCGUGACAGGUUCAACUGAGCAUACGUGGCAACCAACAAUGUCUGCGGAGACGAACAUACCAAGUUACUGGCUAAACUGGAGAUUCUUCGUCUGCGCCAUCUUCGUCUUAACUUCGCUGUUCCUGUCUUCUUUCCUCAUUUGGAAAUACGAAGGGCCUCGAAUACGCAGGAAACGCGAAGGAGAUGAUCAAAAGGAGCUAUUAGGAGCUGUGUACGAUGAUGAAACUUGGAACACUUGUGUGGAAAAGAUUCAUCCGAAUUGGUUGCUUGGUUUCCGAGUUUUCGGUUUUGUUGUUCUUCUUGGACUCAUCUCUGGUAAUGCCAUUGCUGAUGGAGCAGGCAUUUUCAUCUUCUACACACAAUGGACUUUCACAUUGGUCACAAUUUACUUCGGGGUUGCAGCAUUGGUGUCCAUAUACGGAUUUAGAUCAGGUGAGAACUGUCAGAACGGAGUCAGUACAUUAGAUGAAGAGCAAGGCUCGUAUAGGCCUCCCGUGGAUGGAGAAAACUCGAAUGUGUUUAAAUCUUCAAACAGACACGAGAGACACAACAGGUCUACACGUCAGAUGGCUACUACAUUGGGUUACAUACUUCAGAUUCUUUUCCAAACUUGUGCAGGAGCUGUGUUGCUUACAGAUGGUGUGUUUUGGUUCAUUAUCUACCCUUUUCUCACAUCCAAAGACUUCAAUCUCGACUUUUUCAUUGUGAUUAUGCACUCGGUCAAUGCUGUUUUCCUCCUUGGCGAAACUUUCCUGAACUCUCUGCGAUUCCCGUUGUUUAGGAUUUCGUACUUUGUGGUAUGGACCGGCAUAUUCGUGCUAUUUCAGUGGAUUGUUCAUGCUUGUGUCUCCUUCUGGUGGCCAUACCCAUUCUUGGAUUUGUCAUCACCCUACGCCCCUUUAUGGUAUGCUGCUGUUGGGUUGAUGCACGUACCAUGCUUUGGAAUCUUUGCUUUGAUCGUGAAGUUGAAGUACCUGUGGCUCUCAAGAUGUUUCUCAGAAGGAACAUAGUAACAAAGAUCAUAUAUACUCGAAUGGUUAUAGUAUCUCUCAAUUCUUGAACAGAUUUCAAAGUAAAAAAUUACAUAGUCUCAUGUACAGAUACAGCCGUACAGGUUUUCUCCUGCCUUCUGUAUCAAUUUUUUUGUAUAUUACAUUCAUAAUUCCUUUUGAAGGAACAUAUAAAUCACUUAGCUAAUCACCAUGUUUUUUUUGG